AUACAAUACAUUAUUGGAAUAUAUGAAAAUGCUUUUGUUCUAAUAAGAAGCCAUACAACAGUGAAGGAAUUUCCAACUUCCUAAUCUGUGUUCUGUUCUCAACUCUCUCUCUCUCUCUCUCUCUCUCUCUCUCUUGUGUUUUUUGGAAUUAAGAAGGCCUUUGGUUUGAGAAAAUGACAGUUGACAACCCCAGAGACCAGUUUCCUAUUGGAAUGCGAGUUCUUGCUGUAGAUGAUGACCCCCUUUGUCUCAGACUUCUCGAAGCUCUGCUCCGUCGAUGCCAAUAUCAUGUUACUACGAGUAGUGAGGCAGUGGCAGCAUUGAAUAUGUUAAGAGAAAAGAGGAAUAACUUUGACCUGGUUAUCAGUGAAGUGCAAAUGCCAGACAUGGAUGGAUUUAAGUUACUUGAGCUUGUGAGGUUGGAGAUGAACCUCCCUGUCAUUAUGCUGUCUGGAAAUGGGGAUCCUAAACUUGUGAUGAAAGGAAUCACUGAAGGAGCUUGUGAUUAUUUACUUAAACCUGUUAGAAUCGAGGAGCUGAAAAAUAUCUGGAAACAUGUAAUAAGGGGGAAAAAGAAUGAGUUUGAUGAUGAUGAGCCAUCAACACAAAAGAAGCCUCGAGUUAUUUGGUCUCUAGAGCUGCAUCAAAAAUUUGUCACAGCUGUUAAUCAUCUUGGCAUAGACAAGGCUGUACCUAAAAAGAUUCUUCAUCUGAUGAAUGUUGAUAAUCUUACAAGAGAAAAUGUUGCUAGCCAUCUUCAGAAAUACAGGCUUUACCUCAAAAGAAUCAGUUGGCAUGCAAAGCAACACCCUAAUAAUAUGGAAGCAGCCUUAGGCAGUUCGGAUUCUUCCUAUCUGACCCGAACAAAGACACAUAUCAUAUUGUUCAUUGUGUUGUCUAUGUUUUUUGUUUUCAUUCUUUUAGAAAUAUAUACCAUAAAAAUCUUUAAAAAAAAAAAAAGAAUUUUAUUCCUCGCCCUUCACCAUGAUGGAAUAACUAAGCAAAUCCUGAAUCCUUCAAGACAAAUGAAUUCCAUAUCCUUUCUCGAUCCACUUGUCAUGAGCUUUAAAACUAAUAGUUCGACUUUCCCAAAAUCUACCGUCAGGUGGUGGCUCUGCCGCUGUCUGUCGUUGGAGCUUCGGCGUGACUUUGGCUGAUGAUUGUGAAAAUUGUAUUGAACUGUAGGAAUAAUUUUUUUUAUGUUUUCUAAA